UUGUGUGGAAUCAAGCUGGUUACGUCACGCACUCGUCCACGGUGCUCGGAGCUGGACACUUAGCAUCCACUCAUGCGGUUGCACGUUUGAGGAGACAGUUUGGCGCUCCGGGGACCAAAGCGCCAUUUGUUUUGGGCGAAUUUGCGUUUGCCCCCCCCUGAUUUUAUUUGCAGAAUCCAGUGAGGGAAGCCGGUGUCCUCGCGUGUAUGCGUGUGAGAGCGAGCGAGCUUGUGGUGGUGUGUGUUGAGAGGAGCCACGCUGUGCAUCAUGUUUGAAUGCUGAGCGUCCUUUCCAAUAUAUAUAUAUAUUUUUUGUACAUGACAGUACAGCUGUAACGCCUCGUCUAGCGUCAGCUGGUACUCCAUUGAUUCCCCCCCGCCUCGAAGAAGGAAAAAAAAGAAGAAGAAGAAGAAGAAGAAGAGGCGUGCUGGGCUGAGGGUGCAGCCGAAGGAACCCACCCGGAUCAUCGGCUCUGAUGAGGUGCUAGGUCGGACUACUUUGGGCUCAGAGAUCCAGCCAAGUCGUCCACAACACACCGCUCAUUUCCCAAUUGCUCAGGAGAUGGCGAUGAGCUGGCUCUAUCUGGGAUUUCUACUCAGCCUGGGGGUCAUCGCUCCGAACGGUGCAGCUGAAGUUCCUAAAGCCGACGACCAAACCAGGACCUGCAGUCCGAAGCAGUUUGUGUGUAAGGACCAGACGACCUGCAUUUCCAAAGGCUGGCGCUGUGACGGGGAGAAGGACUGUCCAGAUGGCUCAGAUGAGUCACCAGACAUCUGCUCGCACAACAGGGUGAGCAAGUGUCCUGUCAAUGAACAUGGCUGCUUGGUCGUCGAUGUUUGCCUCCACAUGAGCAAACUGUGUGAUGGAGUUCCGGACUGCUCCGAUGGCUGGGAUGAGGGCCCUCACUGCAGAGAGAACGCACCGGCCUGUGCAUCGCAUGGGUGCCAGUUCCACUGCGCUGUGACUCACGAUGGACCCAAGUGCUACUGUGGCAACGGCUAUGAGGUGGCCACAGACGGAAAGACAUGUAAAGAUUUCAAUGAGUGCAGUGUGUAUGGGACAUGCAGUCAGACGUGCAAAAACACUGAGGGCUCCUACCUCUGCAGCUGUGUUGAGGGCUACCUGCUGCAGCCAGACAAUCGUUCCUGCAAAGCUAAAAAUGAGCCGGUAGAACGUCUUCCUAUGCUCUUGAUUGCAAACCUGCACGACAUCCGCUGCACUUCAUUGAGUGGCUCCACGUCCCGGCUGCCCUCCAUUGCCACCAAGCAGACCAUGGCGAUGGACUUCAUCUAUGCCGAGGAGACCGUCUGCUGGAUCGAUGUGGGGGAAACACCGGCAGCCACGCAGCUGAAAUGCGCCAGAAUCCCUGACCUCAAAACUGUUACCGACAUCCGCACCAUUAACAUUUCCAUCACCCUGCACCAUGUGGAACAGAUGGCAAUUGACUGGCUGACCGGAAACUUCUACUUUGUGGAUGAUGUGGACGACUGGGUGUUUGUCUGCAACAAGAAUGGUCAGACAUGUGUAACCCUGCUGGACCAAGAACUGUACAACCCAAAAGGCAUCGCCUUGGACCCAGCGAUGGGAAAAGUCUUCUUUACGGACUAUGGGUCCACGCCGAGGGUGGAACGUUGUGACAUGGACGGUCAGAACCGCACAAAGCUGGUGGACAGUAAGAUAGUCUUUCCGCAUGGCAUCACUCUGGACCUGGUCAGCCGGCUGGUGUACUGGGCUGAUGCCUACCUGGACUACAUUGAAGUGGUGGACUAUGAGGGCAAGAACAGACACACCAUCAUUCAGGGCCUGCUGAUUGAGCACCUAUAUGGGCUGACUGUCUUUGAGAACUACCUGUACGCCACCAACUCGGAUGAAGGCAACCUUAACCCCAAGACCAGUGUGAUACGAGUGAACCGCUUCAACAGUUCCGACUUCCAGGUGGUGACGCGGGUUGACCGCGGUGCCGCGCUGCACGUGUACCACCAGCGACGCCAACCUGGGGUGCGUAGCCAUGCAUGUGCCUUGGAUCAGUUUGGUAAGGCUGGAGGUUGUUCUGACAUCUGUCUGCUGGGCAACAGCCACAAGACGCGCACCUGCCGUUGCCGAUUUGGCUUCAGCCUGGGCAAUGACGGCAAGUCUUGCAAAAAACCAGACCACGAGUUGUUCUUGGUGUACGGUAAGGGUCGCCCUGGGAUCAUCAGGGGCAUGGAUAUGAAUGCUAAGGUACCGGAUGAGUACAUGAUCCCCAUUGAGAACCUCAUGAACCCCCGAGCUUUGGAUUUUCACGCCGCCAGUGAAUUCAUCUACUUUGCUGACGCUACCAGCUACAUUAUUGGUCGACAGAAGAUAGACGGGACAGAGAGAGACACAAUAUUAAAAGACGGGAUCCACACAGUGGAGGGGCUGGCAGUAGACUGGAUGGGAGGUAAUCUGUACUGGACCGAUGACGGGCCUAAGAAGACUAUCAGUGUUGCCAGACUUGAAAAGGCUUCUCAGACGCGCAAGACUCUCAUAGAGGGCAAGAUGAGCCACCCGCGUGCCAUUGUGGUGGACCCCCAAAAUGGGUGGAUGUACUGGACCGACUGGGAGGAGGAUCCCACUGAGAGUAAUAGGGGAAAGAUCAAAAAAGCUUGGAUGGAUGGAUCCCAUCAUCAAGUGAUCCUGACUAGCAAGACAGUGCUUUGGCCCAAUGGCUUGAGUCUGGACAUUCCUCAGGGUAUACUAUACUGGGUUGACGCCUAUUAUGACCGUAUUGAGAUGGUUUACCUCAACACGACUGAACGGAAGGUGGUGUAUGAGGGGCAGGAGCUGAACCACGCCUUUGGUUUGUGUCACUAUAAACAAUUUCUCUUUUGGAAUGAGUACCGUGGAGGUAGCAUCUACAAACUGGACCAAGUCACGAAGACAGUCACGCUUCUUCGAAAUGAGAGGCCGCCUAUCUUUGAGAUUAGAGUGUAUGACGCUCACCAGCAGCAAGGCACCAAUGUAUGCAGGGUUAUGAACGGGGGAUGUAGCAGUCUUUGCCUUGCCAUCCCUAAUGGCAGGUCCUGUGGCUGUGCUGAUGAUCAAAUCCUUGAUGUGGAUAACGUCACCUGUAAAGCCAACCCCUCCUACGUGCCCCCGCCGCAAUGCCAGCCCGGGGAGUUUGCCUGCAAGAACAACCGCUGCAUCCAAGAGCGCUGGAAGUGUGACGGGGACAACGAUUGUCUGGACAACAGUGACGAGGCCCCUGAGCUUUGUCACCAGCACACCUGUCCGGCAGACCGAUUCAAAUGCCAGAACAACCGCUGCAUCCCUUUGCGGUGGCUGUGUGACGGCGAUAAUGACUGCGGCAACGAUGAGGACGAAUCAAACACCACAUGCUCUGCACGCACAUGCCCUCCAAAUCAAUACCCUUGUGCCAGUGGUCGUUGCAUCCCCAUCUCCUGGACAUGUGACCUGGAUGACGACUGUGGAGACCGCUCAGACGAACCCGACUCAUGUGCCUAUCCCACGUGUUUCCCCCUCACCCAGUUCACCUGCGCUAAUGGUCGCUGCAUCAACAUCAACUGGCGCUGUGACAAUGACAACGACUGCGGGGAUAACAGCGAUGAAGCCGGCUGCAGUCAUUCCUGCUCCAGCGUGCAGUUUAAAUGUAACAGCGGUCGCUGUAUCCCAGAAUACUGGACUUGUGAUGGCGAUAAUGACUGUGGAGACUACAGUGACGAGACCCAUGCCAACUGUACCAAUCAAGCUACUCGUCCCCCAGGUGGCUGCCACGUGGAUGAGUUCCAGUGUCGCAUGGAUGGUUUGUGCAUCCCCAUGCGGUGGCGCUGUGACGGUGACACAGACUGCAUGGACCUAAGUGACGAGAACAAUUGCGAGGGUGUCACUCACAUGUGUGACCCAGCUGUCAAGUUCAGUUGCAAGGAUUCAGCUCGCUGCAUCAGCAAGGCUUGGGUGUGUGACGGUGACAGUGACUGCGAGGACAACUCGGACGAGGUCAACUGUGACGCGCUGGUCUGCAAGUUGUCUCACCACGUGUGUGCCACCAACGACUCCAUCUGCCUUCCUGCCGAGAAGCUGUGUGACGGCACUGACGAUUGUCCAGAUGGAUCUGAUGAGAAGCUUUGUGACUUGUGUUCGCUGGACAACGGCGGUUGUAGUCACAACUGCAGCAUCAUUCCCGGUGAAGGCUUCAUGUGUUCCUGUCCCCUGGGCAUGGAGCUUGGAGCAGACAACAAAACUUGCCACAUCCAGAGCUUCUGCGCCAAACACCUAAAAUGUAGCCAGAAAUGCGAGCAGGAAAAAUCCAGCGUCAAAUGCUCCUGCUAUGAGGGCUGGGAGCUGGAGUCUGACAUGGAGAGCUGCAAAAGCACUGAUCCCUUCAAGCCUUUCAUUAUAUUUUCCAACCGACAUGAGAUCAGAAGGAUUGAGCUUCACAAGGGGGAGUUCAGUGUCCUGGUACCAGGCUUGAGGAACACCAUCGCAUUGGACUUUCACCUCAACCAGAGCACGUUGUACUGGACGGAUGUGGUGGAGGACAAGAUCUACCGUGGGAAACUUUCAGAAAAUGGAGCUCUGACCAGUUUUGAAGUUGUGAUCCAAUAUGGGCUGGCAACUCCCGAGGGCCUGGCGGUGGACUGGAUAGCAGGAAAUAUCUACUGGGUGGAGAGCAAUUUGGACCAGAUUGAAGUGGCCAAACUGGACGGGACCAUGAGAACAACACUGCUGGCUGGGGAAGUAGAACACCCCCGAGCCAUCGCCCUGGACCCACGUGAUGGUAUCCUAUUUUGGACCGACUGGGAUGCUAGUCUGCCCAGGAUUGAGGCAGCGUCUAUGAGUGGCGAGGGCAGACGCACCAUCCACAGGGAGACGGGCAGCGGCGGCUGGCCCAACGGACUCACCGUUGAUUACAUGGAGAGACGCAUUGUCUGGAUCGAUGCCAGAUCAGAUGCCAUCUACUCUGCCAUGUAUGAUGGCUCAGGGCUGAUUGAGGUGUUGCGAGGUCACGAGUACUUGUCCCACCCAUUUGCCGUCACCAUGUAUGGAGGUGAAGUCUACUGGACUGACUGGAGGACCAACACUCUUGCCAAAGCCAACAAAUGGACAGGACACAACGUUACUGUAGUCCAGCGCACCAACACGCAGCCUUUUGACUUGCAGGUCUAUCACCCGUCGAGACAACCCCAGGCUCCAAACCCAUGUGCCACCAUCGACGGCAAAGGGCCUUGUUCCCACCUUUGUCUCAUCAACUUCAACCAAACCUUCUCCUGUGCCUGCCCUCACCUCAUGAAGCUGCAAGCUGACAAACGCACCUGCAAAGAGUCCCGCAAGUUCCUUCUUUAUGCUCGUCAGAUUGAGAUCCGGGGCGUGGACAUCGACAACCCCUACUACAACUACAUAAUCUCCUUCACCGUGCCCGACAUAGACAAUGUGACAGCAGUGGACUACGAUGCGGUGGAGCAUCGUAUCUACUGGUCGGAUGUCCGAACGCAAACCAUCAAAAGAGCGUUCAUCAAUGGCACAGGCGUGGAAACUGUUGUCUCUGCUGACCUUCCUAAUGCUCAUGGGCUAGCAGUCGACUGGGUGUCCAGGAACCUUUUCUGGACCAGCUAUGAUGCCAAUAAGAAGCAGAUCAAUGUGGCCAGACUGGAUGGUUCUUUUAAGAAUGCUGUUAUCCAGGGUUUAGACAAGCCCCAUUGUCUAGUGCUGCAUCCUCAACUAGGGAAGCUGUACUGGACCGAUGGUGACAGCAUAAGCAUGUCGAAUAUGGAUGGCACCAACCGCACCACACUCUUCAUCAACCAGAAGGGACCAGUUGGCCUAUCUAUCGACUAUGAGAAAGAGCAGCUGUACUGGAUCAGCUCGGGAAAUGGCACAAUUAAUCGCUGUCAGCUGGACGGAUCUAAAUUAGAGAGCUUGGAAGGCAUUAAAGGCAAACUCAACAAGGCCACAGCAUUGGCUAUAAUGGGAGACAAGCUUUGGUGGGCGGACCAUGCAACUGAUCAGAUUGGAACAUGCGACAAGAAGGAUGGCGGCAACUGGACGGUUUUAAGGAACAACACCUCUCCUAUGAUGCAUAUGACGAUCUAUGAUGAGGACGUACAGAAAGCAAGUAUCAAUCUGUGUAGCAACAACAAUGGAGAUUGUUCCCAGUUGUGUCUGCCCACCUCACCAACCAGCAGGGCCUGCAUGUGCACUGCCGGUUACAGCCUCAAGACAGGACAGCAGUCGUGUGAAGGUAUGGGCUCUUUCCUGCUUUAUUCAGUCCAUGAGGGAAUCAGAGGAAUUCCGCUUGAACCAGCUGACAAAUCUGACGCCUUGGUGCCAGUGUCUGGCACUUCUCUGGCUGUCGGCAUCGACUUCCAUGCUGAGAAUGACACUAUCUACUGGGUAGACAUGGGCCUGAGCACCAUCAGCAGGGCCAAGAGAGAUCAAACAUGGAGAGAAGACGUGGUCACCAAUGGCAUCGGCAGAGUGGAGGGCAUUACUGUUGACUGGAUUGCAGGAAACAUUUACUGGACCGACCAGGGCUUUGACGUUAUUGAGGUGGCCAGGCUGAACGGUUCCUUCCGCUACGUGGUCAUUUCCCAGGGCCUGGAUAAGCCCAGAGCCAUCACUGUCCACCCAGUGAAAGGGUAUUUGUUCUGGACAGAAUGGGGUCAGUACCCUCGUAUUGAGCGCUCUCGACUGGAUGGCUCUGAGAGGUUGGUCUUGGUCAAUGUGAGCAUCAGUUGGCCCAAUGGAAUCUCCAUUGACUACACGGAGGGGCUGUUGUAUUGGUGCGAUGCCAGGACAGACAAGAUUGAGCGCAUUAACCUGGAGACUGGAGAGAAUAGAGAAUUGGUGCUGGCCAACAACAACAUGGAUAUGUUUGCAGUUUCUGUUUUUGAGGAAUACAUCUACUGGAGUGACAGGACUCACGCAAAUGGCUCCAUUAAAAGAGGCAGUAAAGACAACGCUACAGAUGCCAUCCAACUUCGGACUGGGAUUGGUGUACAAUUAAAAGAUAUUAAAGUGUUUAACAGGGCCAGGCAGCAAGGCACCAACAUCUGCAAACAUAAUAACGGCGACUGUGAACAGCUUUGUCUUUAUCGUGGCAACGGUCAGCACACCUGCGCCUGUGCUCACGGCAUGCUCGCCGAGGACAACCGCAGCUGCCGCGAUUACGACGGCUACCUCCUCUACUCUGAGCGCACCAUUCUGAAGAGCAUCCACCUGUCGGACGAGACCAACUUAAACGCGCCCAUAAAGCCGUUCGAAGACCCAGACCACAUGAAGAAUGUCAUCGCCCUGAGCUUUGACUACCAUGGCGGGGGCGGGAAGGGAGCCAACCGCAUCUUCUUCAGCGACAUCCACUUUGGCAACAUCCAGCAGAUCAACGACGACGGCACAGACAGAAAGAUUGUGGUGGAUAAUGUCGGUUCAGUCGAGGGCCUGGCGUACCACCGCAGUUGGGAUACGCUCUAUUGGACCAGUUACACAACCUCCACCAUCACUCGGCAUACUGUGGACCAGAGCCGCUCUGUGGCCUAUAACCGCAACACUGUGGUCACCAUGUCUGGAGAGGACCACCCCAGAGCCUUUGUGCUGGACGAGUGUCAGGAUCUCAUGUUCUGGACAAACUGGAACGAGCAGACUCCCACCAUCAUGAGGGCAUCCCUGAAUGGAGCCAACGUGCUGGCGAUCAUCAGCAGUGAUAUCAAAACUCCCAACGGCCUCGCUAUAGACCACCGAGCAGAGAAGCUCUACUUCUCUGACGCCACGCUGGACAAGAUAGAACGCUGUGAAUACGACGGGAGCAGCCGAUAUGUUUUGUUGAAAAACGAGCCUGUGCAUCCGUUUGGUCUGGCCGUGUAUGGAGACUACAUCUUCUGGACAGAUUGGGUGAGGAGAGCCGUCCUCAGAGCUGACAAGUACACAGGUGGAGACAUGAAAGUACUGCGAGCUGACAUCCCUCAGCAGCCAAUGGGAAUUGUUGCACUGGCCAAUGACACCAACAGCUGUGAGUUUUCUCCUUGCCGCACAAAUAACGGAGGCUGCCAAGACCUGUGUCUGCCCACUUCUGAUGGGAGGGUCAACUGCAGUUGCCGUGGAGACAGACAACUUCUGGAAGACAACACCUGCUCUUCAUUGAACAUCUCCUGCGGGAGUGUGGAUGACUUUGAGUGUGGAAACGGGGAUUGCAUCAACUACAGCCUGACCUGUGAUGGCAUGCCCCAUUGCAAGGACAAGUCUGAUGAGAAGCAGUCCUACUGUGCCAAUCGAAUUUGUAAGAAAGGCUACAGACGUUGCAUGAAUGGCCGCUGCAUUGGUCACCAGUUCUGGUGCGACGGCACAGACGACUGUGGUGACCACUCUGAUGAAAUGCCUUGCAACAUGACCCUGUGCAAAGUAGGGGAGUUCCAGUGCAAAGAUGGCAGCUGUAUCGCCAACUUAAGCCGCUGCGACCAGGUUGUCAACUGCGAAGAUGCCAGCGAUGAAAUGAACUGCCAACCCACCGACUGCUCCCGUUUCUUCCGCUUGGGAGUGAAAGGUGCUUCCUUCCAGAGCUGUGAGAAAACCACCCUGUGUUAUCUGUCCUCAUGGGUGUGUGAUGGCAACAAUGACUGUGGGGACUUCUCUGAUGAGCGGAACUGCCCUGAUAAACGCAAGCUUAAAUGUCCAGUCAACUUCUUUGCUUGCCCCAGUGGCCGCUGCAUCCCAAUGAGCUGGACUUGUGAUAAGGAAAAUGACUGCGAGAAUGGAGCUGACGAGACACACUGCGACAAAUUUUGUCCAUCCAUCCAUUUUGAAUGUGGAAACCACCGCUGCAUUUCCAGCCACUGGGUGUGCGAUGGCGCUGAUGACUGUGGUGAUGGAUCGGAUGAGGAUGAGAAAUGCAAAUCCAAAACCUGCAGUCCUGAGGCCUUCCAGUGUCCCGGCUCUCAUACGUGUGUGCCGCAGCGCUGGAAGUGUGAUGGAGACAAGGACUGUCCGGAUGGAGCUGACGAGAGUGUCACGGCGGGCUGCUUGUACACCAACAACACAUGUGAUGACAAUGAGUUCAUGUGCCAGAAUAGACAGUGUAUUCCCAAGCACUUUGUGUGCGAUCAUGACAUUGACUGUGCUGAUGGUUCAGAUGAGUCUCCUGAAUGUGAAUAUCCAACGUGCGGUCCUGAUGAGUUCCGCUGCGCCAACGGCCGCUGCCUCAAUCAGAAGAAAUGGGAGUGUGAUGGCGAAUUUGACUGCCAAGAUCACUCUGAUGAAGCUCCCAAGAACCCGCGGUGCACUGACUCAGAGAGGAUGUGUAACGAGUCAGCUUUCAUGUGCCGCAAUGGAAAUUGUUUGAACGAGACUCUGCUGUGUGACCGGAAUGAUGACUGCGGCGACGGCUCCGAUGAACUCAACUGCUUCAUUAACGAGUGUCUCAACAGUAAACUGAGUGGCUGCUCACAACUCUGCGAUGACCUAAAGAUUGGCUACAAGUGCAGGUGCCAUCCUGGUUUCCAGCUAAAGCGGGACGGGAAGACGUGUGUGGACGUGGACGAGUGCACCACCACCUACCCUUGUACUCAGCGCUGUAUCAACACACACGGCAGCUUCCACUGUCUCUGCGUGGAUGGCUUUGAAGUCAGCCCCAAUGAUCCCACCAUCUGCAAAUCCACAUCAGAGGAGGAGGCCUACCUGAUCUUUGCUAACCGAUAUUACCUGCGAAAGCUCAACCUUGAUGGUUCCAACUACACGCUUAUUAAACAGGGUCUGAAUAAUGCUGUGGCACUGGACUUCCACUAUGCAGAGCAGAUGAUCUACUGGACUGAUGUCACCACUCAAGGCAGCAUGAUCCGACGCAUGCGUAUGAACGGCAGCAACAUAGAGGUGUUGCACCGGACCUCUCUGAGUAACCCAGAUGGCGUAGCAGUGGAUUGGGUCGGUGGAAACUUGUACUGGUGUGACAAAGGCCGAGACACCAUUGAAGUGUCCAAACUUAACGGAGCCUACCGGACAGUGUUGGUCACCAGCGGGCUGAGGGAACCUCGCGCUGUGGCCGUGGAUGUGCGCUACGGGUACCUGUACUGGUCUGAUUGGGGUGACAAUCCCCAUAUUGGAAGAAUUGGCAUGGAUGCCACCAACAGAAGCGUACUCAUCCAGGAUAAGAUCACAUGGCCCAAUGGACUAACCUUGGACUUCAUCAAUGACCGCAUAUACUGGGCAGACGCCCGGGAGGAUUACAUUGAGUUUGCCAGCCUGGAUGGCACCAGCAGACACACAGUUCUUAGUCAAGACAUCCCACACAUCUUUGCCAUGACGCUGUUUGAAGAGUACAUCUACUGGACUGACUGGGAGACAAAGUCCAUCAACAGAGCUCACAAGACACUGGGGACCAACAAAACCACCCUGAUCAGCACCCUGCAUCGGCCCAUGGAUGUGCAUAUUUACCACCCCUAUCGCCAGCCCCAGGUGAGCAACCACCCAUGCCAGACGAACAACGGCGGCUGCAGUAACCUGUGCCUCCUCUCUCCUGGAGGAGGCUACAAAUGCGCAUGCCCCACCAACUUCUACCUUGCCAAUGACCACCGCACAUGCAUGUCCAACUGUACGGCCAGCCAGUUUGUCUGCAAGAAUGAUAAGUGCAUUCCUUUCUGGUGGAAAUGCGACACGGAGGACGAUUGCGGCGAUCGCUCAGACGAGCCUGCCGACUGUUCUGAGUUCAAAUGCAGACCGGGCCAGUUCCAGUGUGGCACAGGCAUCUGCACCAACCCUGCAUACAUAUGUGAUGGAGACAAUGACUGUCAGGACAAUUCAGAUGAGGCCAACUGCGAUAUUCAUGUUUGCCUGCCCAGCCAGUUCAAAUGUUCCCACCCAAGUCGCUGCAUCCCAGGAAUCUUCCGCUGUAAUGGCCAAGACAACUGUGGUGAGGGAGAGGACGAGAAGGACUGCCCUGAGGUCACAUGUGCACCCACCCAGUUCCAGUGUGCCAUUACCAAACGCUGUAUUCCUCGCGUCUGGGUGUGUGACCGUGACAACGACUGUGUGGACGGAUCUGAUGAACCCGCCAACUGCACCCAGAUGACAUGCGGCGUGGACGAAUUCCGUUGUAAAGACUCCGGACGCUGCAUCCCGGCUCGCUGGAAGUGCGACGGGGAAGACGAUUGUGGCGAUGCCUCCGACGAACCGAAGGAGGAGUGUGCUGAGAGGACAUGCGAGCCGUACCAGUUCCGAUGCAAAAACAACCGCUGCGUGCCGGGCCGCUGGCAAUGUGACUACGACAAUGACUGUGGUGACAACUCGGAUGAAGACAAGUGUGUGCCUCGGCAAUGUUCCGAAAGCGAGUUCGCCUGCACAAACGGCCGCUGCAUCGCUGGGCGGUGGAAGUGCGACGGAGACCACGACUGCGCCGAUGGAUCUGAUGAGGAUGGAUGUGAUGUCAAGUGUGACAAUGACCAGUUCCAGUGUAAGAAUGGACACUGUAUUUCUAUUCGCUGGCGAUGUGACGCUGACCCAGACUGCAUGGAUGGCAGUGAUGAGGAGAACUGCCACACUGCUGCUGGCCGUCACUGUCCUUUGGAUGAGUUCCAAUGUAACAACACUCUGUGCAAACCUCUCGCCUGGAAGUGUGAUGGGGAAGAUGACUGUGGGGACAACUCGGAUGAGAAUCCGGAAGAGUGCAGGAAGUUCCAGUGUCCUCCCACCAGAGCGUUCCGCUGUCAAAAUGACCGCGUAUGUCUUCAGAUGUCAAAGAGAUGUGACGGCAUCAAUCACUGCGGCGACAAAUCGGAUGAACUGAAUUGCGAAGCCCAUCCAACUGUUCCUACUUGCGAGAAAGACGAGUUCUUGUGUGCCAACGGAAAAUGCAUCAGCUCCACUUUGAGAUGCAACGUCUUUAAUGACUGCGAGGACUAUGGCUCGGACGAGAUCAACUGCAAAACAGAAACCAAACUGAAUGACUGCAGGAGUAACAGGACUCACUGUGGCGAUGGGGACGAGGCCCACUGUGUCACCAACAGCACAGACGCCUUCUGCUCCUGCAAACCGGGCUUCCACAAAAUAGGAUAUCGCACAUGUGGAGACAAGAAUGAGUGUCUUCAGUUUGGGGCGUGUUCCCACAUCUGCAACAACACUAAGGGCUCCUACAAAUGCAGCUGCUACAAGUACUUCACAAGGAUCAAUGACACCUGCAAAGCUGACAACAUGAACAGCAGUCAGCAGGUUCUCUUCAUAGCCGAUGACAAUGAAAUCCGCAGCCUGGAUCCUGGAAUGCCCAACUGGCGCUAUGAACAAACCUUCCAAGGGGAUGCUAGCGUGCGGAUUGACGCGAUGGACUUGCACGUGAAGACCAACCGCAUCUUCUGGACCAACUGGCACACAGGCCGCAUCUCCUCCUAUGAGCUUCCGGGACAGUCAACUUUGUCGUCCAAUUCCCACCGUAACAGACGGCAAAGUGUGGGCAGGAUCACCAACCUGCAGAUUAAAGAGCUGAAGAUGCCUCGAGGCAUAGCCGUGGACUGGGUGGCUGGUAACCUGUACUGGACCGACUCUGGUCGAGAUGUCAUUGAGGUGGCUCAGAUGUCAGGCCAGCAUUGCAAGACACUCAUCUCUGGCAUGAUUGACGAACCAUAUGCCAUCGUCGUGGAUCCACAAAGAGGUACCAUGUACUGGGCAGACUGGGGGAAUCAUCCAAAAAUUGAGACAGCUGCCAUGGAUGGAACGCUGAGACAGACGCUUGUCCAUGAGAACAUCCAGUGGCCAACAGGUUUGGCAGUAGACUACUUCAAUGAGCGCCUUUACUGGGCAGAUGCAAAGCUUUCAGUCAUUGGCAGUGUUCGCCUGGAUGGCUCAGAUCCCGUCAUAGCUGUCUCUGGCAUCAAAAACAACCUUGCCCAUCCGUUUAGCAUCGAUAUCUUUGAGGACUACAUAUAUGGAGUCACGUUAGUCAAUAACUUUGUUUUCCGGGUCAACAAGUUUGGAAAAGGCACCAUGGAAACUCUCACCACAGGCAUCAACCACGCUACUGACAUCGUCUUGUACCACCGAUAUAAGCAGCCAGAGAUGACAAACCCAUGUGACAGGAAGAAGUGUGAGUGGCUAUGUCUGCUCAGCCCCAGUGGACCGGUGUGCACCUGUCCCAAUAACUACAUGGCUGACAACGGCACGUGUGUGGAGAAGUCUGGCCCGACCCAGUCGCCGUUCUCUCCCCCCUCAGGCCCCUGUAACAUUCAGUGUCAGAACGGAGGCAGCUGCUUUCUCAACGCCCGUCAGGUGGCCAAGUGUCGCUGCCAGCCCAGCUACACCGGAGAGAGAUGCGAGAUCAACCAGUGCAGGGACUACUGCAAGAACGGCGGCACAUGCACCGCAUCUCAUACGGGUGCUCCGACAUGCAGAUGCCCAAAAGGAUUCACGGGGCCCACCUGCAACCGUCACACUUGUCAGAACUACUGCCACAACGGCGGCAACUGCUCGGUCAACUCGGGUAAUCAGCCAACCUGCAGCUGCCCGACGGAGUACCACGGAGAUCAGUGCCAGUACAGUAAAUGUGAAGGCUUCUGUGAAAAUGGCGGCACAUGCUUGCAAACCACAAAUGGCACCAAAGUGUGUCAGUGCUCCAGUCAGUACAUCGGACACCAGUGCGAGCUGGACAAAUGCGUCUUCUGUGGCACAGGCCGCUGUUUGACGUCCUCCUCGGGAGAAGUGUCCUGCAGCUGCCCCAAUGGUCAGACCCAACCCAGCUGCUAUACUUGCUUGGACUACUGCGCCAAUGGACAAUGUACAGUUGACACGCGCACACUGUUGCCCCAGUGCCAGUGUCCCGCAACAUGGAGAGGUUACAGGUGUGAAAAUGCUUCAACCAUAGAUUCCUCCAUGUCCAGUGGAAAAACGGCCUCCGUGGUUGUCCCCGUGCUUCUACUGCUCUUACUGUCACUGCUGGUGGUUGGCGCCAUCCUGUGGUACAAGCGGAGAAUGCGAGGGUCUCAAUGGCUGGGGAAAUCUCGCUCUCGGGGCUCGCGUGCCAAGGGCUUCCAGCACCACAGAAUGACCAACGGCGCCAUGAAUGUCGAGAUCGGCAACCCCGCCUACAAAAUCUAUGAAGGAGACCCUGACGAUGACGCUGGGGAGCUCCUUGAUUCAGACUUUGCUUUGGACCCAGAGAAGCCCACCAACUUCACCAACCCCGUGUACGCCAGCCUCUACAUGGGCGCCCACAACAGCAACAACUCCCUGGCCAGCACGGACGAAAAGAAGGAGCUCCUCUCCCAGGGCGACGAGAGCAUGAGCGACCCCCUGGCGUAAAGCCUCGCACCCCCCUGAACUGUGCCAGCGAUCGCCCUGGCCAGCUAGUGCUGAGCCCACAAAGCUCCCUCAUCUUAUGCCUUUCCCACCUGAAAAGAGAAGCAACAUAACAAAACGACAACGACAAAAUCGGGAAAGCUGUAUAAAAUGUAUAAAAUGAAGGACUACUUUUUUAAGUGAUUGCAGUAUUAUAUUUUGUUCUUUGACAACAAGAAAAGGUGACGGAAAAGGAACCAUUUUAUAGACAUUUUACACAUUAUUUUACAUUUUUUGCGCACCUCCCCUCAGCUUUUCCUCCUCUCUCACGCAUAUAGCCACUACCUCUGUGCAAAUGUAAAAGAAAGAGAGAUACAAAUUGCAGUGGAAGAUUGUUUUUUUGUUUUUUGUGUGAAUUGUAUAGCGGGCAAAGAAAAGAGUAUUGGUUCAUCCUAGAAAACCUUUAAAAACCAAUUAAGUCUAUCUUGUGUUGUGGAUGAAACGGAGUUCAUCUCUAUUUCAGGUCCAUCAAUAAGAUGUUAUUUUGUUUUUCCAACUGCACCCGACGUACUCGUGGAGGUGUUGCUACAUUCAAGUGAUUGUCUUUUACCUCCUUGCACAGACAGACGUUAUAUUUGCAUAUAGAUGAUAUAUAUAUACGCAAACCUAUUAACAAAGUGUCUUGAAAAUAUACCCAGGAACAUCAGUAACCAAUAGCAGUCAGUAAUUCUAUAAUAAUUUUGAAGUCCUUUACAGUAAGUGAGUGUGUGAGUGCUGGAUGAUGAUGAUUGUAACCUUCCAGGAUGAAGCAUCUGGGAUGGCAACUGUGGCCUUGGUUUACUGUAGGAUGCAUAUUUAGUUCCAGAAGGUGACAUCAGACUUAAGUGAACUUCCAGAAGAAAAGAAAAAAAAAACCAAGCGUGACAAAUAAAUUAGC